AUGACAACUCAAUUACGUAAUAAAGGAAUAACACUGGAUGAAUGGGACUCAAAAACCCAACUUACAGAAAUACAAAAGCAGAGUGUGUUGGAGCUUCAAGAAGCUUGUGCAGAGCUACCAUUGCCUGACGGUUUCCUAAGCGAUCUCGGUCCAGGGACACCUCAGCAUACGUCAUCCCCAACUCCAAUAUCUAUUAAAGACGGCCAUAGAUCAUCGCCAUACCCUGAAUCUCAAGCAGCAGAAGCUGCCAUUAUCUCAUCAUCACCUUAUGCUGUCCUUGGAAUACCGCAACCAAUUGAGACUACACAGCAAUUUUUUGAUUGGUUUGCAAGAAUGGAAAAUGAUAUGGAAAAAGAUCAAGAGGAUGUCUAUAGGAAUUUUCUUGAAAUGGUUACUUUAUAUCGACAAGCGUGUGAUACUUUCCUAGAGCAAAUAGAUACAACAGUCAAGUUAUUUAAUGAUUUGGAUGGUAAUUUCAAAUUUGUAGAAGAAAGAACGAAAGCUUUACAGACAGCUUGUGAAAAGUUAUUGGAAGAACAAAAUAAUCUUACAUCAUUAGCAGAUGCAAUAUCUUCAAAACUUUCUUAUUACAAUGAGCUGGAAGCUAUUACUAAAUUAUUCAAUUCCCCCGGUGAAAAUAUUUGUGAGCAGCCAGAAUUUAUUCCAGUAUUGGCAAAGCUAGAUGAAUGUUUAGACUACAUGCAGAGUAAUUCAACAAAUUCUACCGUGCAAACUGCCCUAUUUUAUGUGAAGUUCCGUGCAGUAGCACCAAAGCUGAAAGAAUUGGUGCAUGAGGUGGAAAAACGGUGUCCUGCACAUCGAGAAUAUAAUUCUUUAUUAAAUGACUGCUAUAAUGCGUACUUUUCCGUGCGACAACAGUUACUUAUUCCUGUGAUAUAUGCAAAGAUUUUGGAACUUGGUUCUGACGGGCAAGAUAUCUUGACAUUUGCCCGGAAUGGGUACGCAUAUAUGCUGAACCUUUGUUCAGAUGAAUAUUCAUUAUUUUAUAAUUUUUUCUCGACGGGUGAAGAUGAUUUAUAUGGAAAUUUGGAUCUAUUGUGCAGUUAUAUGUACGAUUACCUUCGCCCCCGUAUUAUUCAUGAAACGAAUAUUGAAGUUUUGUCAGAACUUUGUACAAUUCUGCAAGUGCAUCUUAACCAAAGUCCUGAAUCGAUUGAAGAGAAGGAGGGACAAGGGUUGCAAUUUAGUCACUUAAUACGUAAUGUGCUUCAAGAUACACAACAACGACUUGUUUUUCGUGUUCAAACAUAUAUUCGAAGCGAAAUACAAAAUUUUAUUCCAAAGCCGUCAGACGUGGACUAUCCUACUAAGUUAAAAGAAUCUAAUACUACACCGUCAUCCAAUGGCAUCCCUGAGCUAACUGAGAUUCAACGACCAACUUCGUCGCCAGCUAUACUGGCGGUUCAACAAGAUAACGGGGAUGUCGAAUCUAUGAUAACAAUAUCAUCAGCAUCGUCAAUGAAUGCUAUCGAUGCUGGAGAAUUAUACCGUGGAUGGUUCCCCACAUUACAGCGCACCUUAUGGAUACUUUCAAAACUUUAUCGGUGUGUUAAUCCCAAAAUAUUUGACGACAUUGCUCAAGAUGUCGUUAAUCUAUGUUUACAAUCAUUGUUGACUACAAGUGAAAUAGUAGCAAAGGAGAGCAGACUUGAUGGACAGCUUUUCUUAAUAAAGCACCUCCUAAUACUUAAGGAUCAAAUAGCCUCAUUUGACACUCAAUUUAUACAUGAAGAAAAGGAUUUGGAUUUUUCGCAAAUAACAGAUGCACUUAGCGAGAUAUUGCAAAAUAAAUAUUCAAUCCUUAGCCCAACCACUUUAAUUGGUUUGGCGUCAAAGGGAAUACCGAAAGUUGUCGAGAAUAGGAUUGAUUCAAAACAGGAAGUCGACAAAGAGCUGAAGCGCAUAUGUGAAGAGUUCAUCAUGGAUAGUUACAAAGCAGCCAUUGAACCAUUGUCAUCGUUCCUAAUGAAGGUGUCCGCUUUCCGAUUAAGAAAUGAUCUUAAACCUGUACAUCAGCAAACGUUGUUAAAAGAUCAAAGCUUCGCACAACCUGCUAAUAUUAUCGAGGUUUAUGAAACCUUUCAAGAUGCAGUUAAAUCUCGGCUUCAUUAUAUUAUCACCAAGAUGUCAGAAUAUCUAGAUGAUCGUAAAACAGAAAAUGUAUUGCUAAAGCCAAUUCAGCAACAUAUAAUGGAUACAUAUCAAGCAUUUUAUGACAUUUUACAGUUAGAGAAUUUUGAAUUAGAUAAUUUUCCAAAAACAUUAGGUGAUGUAGAGGAAGUCAAAGAAUGGAUAAAGUGCGAAUGGUUUGGAGUCGAAGACCCUCAAAAUAAUAAUAAUAAUUUCCACUGUGAAUCGGAUAAGAUAAACAGCUUGGUUGGUGCAUCUCGAGCCGGUAACUUGAGAAGUGCAAAGAAACCAGACUAUAUGUUUACGGUAGGAAUAAGUGACAUAGUGGUUGAAUUAUUAUAUGGUGAAACAGAUCUUCUUAAGCAACUAGAGGAUCAUAGAAAAUUAGCAGGACUCUCCAAGGAUUCAAUCGAAAAAACAAGAUCGGAACUUAAAGCAUCAUUAAGUCGAUAUUAA